AUGGCCGAAGACAAUAUCGAGGCUCAUAACAUCAGAGAAGGUGUUGUAUAUGACAAGGAAGAAGUUCGGGAGGCACAUGAAAUAUUUCAAAAGUCGCCAAAUGGUGUUGAUUUUCGCACUGUUAGUUGGCCCCGGGCUACCAUCAUCUUUCUAAAGAUCCAGUUCGCCAUGAGCAUCCUCGCCGUCCCUGGUGCUUUGGCAACUCUUGGGGCAGUGGGAGGUGCACUUUCCAUCGUUGGGUGGGAGGUGUUGAAUACUUACACUGCUAUCAUACUUGGGGAUUUUCGUAAUAGACACCCGGAGUGUCACACCUUGGCGGAUAUGUGUGGACUUCUAUGGGGUCGCAUUGGUAGAGAGCUUGUCGGUGUACAGAUCCUUGUAGCCCAAGUUCUUAUUACAGCCGCUGGCAUUGUCUCGGUCUCCACGGCGCUUAACGCACUUUCAGACCACGGCGCGUGCACUAUUUUCUUCAGCUUUGUUGCUGCUGUCCUGAUCACUGGCUUUUCAUCCGUGCGAACUUUCUCCCGCCUAGGGUGGUUAACUUGGAUUGGAUUCUUCACGUUCUUCAUUGCAGUUUUCAUAUUUGUAGUAGCGGUAACGCAGCAGAACCGGCCCGCCGCCGCACCCAAGACUGGGAGUUUUGACCUUGGUUGGGCGGCAAUCGCUCAUCCAACAUUUGUAGCUGGGAUUACGGCGAGUGCGAAUAUUUUCAUCAGCGGGAGUGGCUCGUCGAUGUAUUUGCCUGUCAUCUCUGAAAUGAAACAACCGCGAGACUAUCGCAAGGCUUGCCUAGUUGCGGGUUUUCUGGUUGGAGCGAUGUACCUGACAUUCUCGUUGGUCAUCUAUCAUUGGUGUGGAGUGUGGAUAAGUACGCCGGCUUUCGGGACUGCUGGAACAUUGUUCAAGAAGAUCUCGUAUGGAAUCGCGUUGCCCGGCUUGGUCAUCGGUGUUGGCAUUUAUCAGCACGUUGCCGCCAAAUUACUUUUUGUUCGUAUCUUGAGAAACACACAUCAUCUACAAGAGAACACCAUUAUUCACUGGACGACGUGGCUUGGUGCCAACGUGAUAUUAGGCGUCCUCGGUUUCAUCAUAGCUGAAGCCGUCCCCAUUUUAAAUUAUCUGCUCGGCCUUGCAGGAUCACUGUGCUUUGCGCCUUUCAGCUUGAUCUUCCCAGCUUUGUUAUGGAUGUACGAUUUCGAGGAGUACCGGUCAGGAGCCAAGAAGAGACAGUCUGUCUAUUACUUACAUGUUUUGAUUCUGCUUGUUGGCCUGUUUCUGGUUGUUGGUGGAACGUAUGGUGUAGCAGUCUCUAUUAGAGAUGCAUAUGCCAGUGGUCUCAUCGGCAGAGCUUUUGACUGUUCUGACAAUUCUGGAUCAUGA